AUGGCAGGUAACCCGCGAGAUAAAUAUUGCAUCGUCGGAGUGGGCGAAACCGAAUACAGUCGCGCUUCCGGACGCACCACCCGCGCCAUGGGUGCCGAAGCCAUCCGCAACGCAAUGAACGAUGCCGGUCUCACUCCCGGCGAUAUUGACGGGAUGCUGAGCUACCACGGCGGCGACUCCACGCCGGCCACUUCCAUUCAGUACGACCUGGGCAUCCGGCCCAACUUUUACAUGGACUGCUCGGGCGGCGGCUCGUCCACCGAAGCCCUGGUCGGGCUGGCUAUCGGCGCCAUCGAAGCCGGCAUGUGCGACACCGUGGCGAUUUUCCGCUCCAUGAACGGCUAUUCCAACAUUCGUAUCGGCGGCACCGGCGCUCGGGCGUCCGCUCCCAUCGGCGGCAUGGACCUGAUGAAGCGGCCCUACGGACUGAUCAGCGCCGUGGUGGCCCACACCGUGAUACCCAGUUUCCGGGACCUGACUCCCUUCGCCAUCGUUCUCGUGGAGCUGGACGAACAGCGCGGCCAGCCGGACGAACACGACGGCCUGCGCAUCACCGGCAACCUGAUGGACGCCAACUUCGACAUGGAAAAGGAAGAAAACGUCGGCAUCGGCAAGCGCGUCGAGGCGUGUUUCCUUCCGGUGGAAGAUGGCUUCAAACUCCUGCAAUGGCGCCUGAUUGACGAGCCGGCGCAAGGGUUCACCUGGGCGCACCAGGUACCCGAAGCCUGA